GUCAGGCAUAGCCUUCCUAAGGUCGCUGGUACAGAGUGUUCAGAGUCUGUCCAGUCAAUCUCGCACUGGGCUGUGUGUAACUGACUCGGUUAGGCCUUUAAAGGCUGCUAGACAAAGAUUGUUCCGUCUGAAUAAGUAAUCGAAGGCACUAAUUGGGUUCAGAUAUAUUGUGAGGCCCGGCUUUGUGUUUUAAGUUAGCUCGCCGGCUAAACCCGCUCAGCAGGCGACUCCCAGACUGGUCUGUAAGUUGCCGUUAGCUACCGCAGCUAACGAGGAGCAGCCUGGACGAGAAACCCUGACCAGUGAGGGCGAGUUAGAGAGCUAACGUACGGUGACAGGAGACAGAAACCAUGGGCUCCAGAGCGUCGUCGUUAUUGAGAGAGGAGGACAUCGAGGAGAUUAAGAAGGAGACUGGAUUUUCCCACAGUCAGAUCACUCGCCUCUACAGCCGAUUCCACAGCCUGGACAAAGGAGAAAACGGUGCUCUCAGCCGUGAAGACUUCCAGAGAAUUCCAGAGCUGGCCAUCAACCCUCUUGGUGAUCGGAUAAUCAAUGCCUUCUUCCCUGAGGGUGAGGAUCAGGUGAACUUCCGAGGUUUCAUGCGAACGUUGGCACACUUUCGGCCAGUGGAGGACAAUGAAAAGAACAAAGACCCAAGUGCUGGGGAGCCUCUCAACAGCAGGAACAAUAAACUGCUCUUUGCUUUCCGGCUGUAUGACCUGGACAGAGAUGAUAAAAUCUCCAGAGAUGAGCUCCUCCAGGUGCUGCGGAUGAUGGUUGGCGUGAAUAUUUCUGAUGAGCAGUUGGGCAGCAUUGCUGACAGGACCAUCCAGGAGGCAGACACUAAUGGAGACAUGUGCAUCUCAUUUAGCGAGUUCAUUAAGGUGCUGGAGAAGGUUGACGUUGAGCAGAAGAUGAGUAUCCGCUUCUUGCACUGAAGCAGCUCCCUGCCUAAAUCUACACUGAACUCUGAUUGGAGGCCAUCCGUGACGAUAUAAGCAAGACCACCUGGUCCCUCAUAUUUCAGGCUGCUCGGCCUUCUUCACUCCUUCUUUCGACGAUGUCUGCUGAUGUUGUUUCUUUCGUCAUUUAUUUUCGUUGUUUCUUUCAAAUCACUUCUCAAACUGUUGAUCAAGGGGAAUAUUCAUGUGCCUUCGAUUGUUUUCAAACAGUCACUAUGGCUAUUCCCUGCAACGUUAAAAUCGUAUUUAUUCCGGACCGCUCCCGGUUCAGGUCCACUUCUCUCGUUCCGUGCAAUACAGCGUAGAUAGAAUGGGCUUAGAUGGCAAUGACGAACAUUUUAAUAUGGGUUACUGUUGUGGAUUUCAGUGGGCAGAAAAUACCUCCGUCAAGGCCAAACCUUUCCCUUUAAAGUUAAGCAUGUCUUUAGUUCUGUGUCUUGUCCGUGUAAAAAUGAAUCAUCAAAUAAAUAAAAUUAUAUAUAUAUUUAUUUUCCAGCUUUCCCCAGAACAAUAAAAGAACAAUGACCUGCAAACAUGCAAACAUAUCUUAUCUCUGUUCUGCCCAUAUAACAUAGAGCUGCUUGACACUAUUUUUCCGGUAAUAGUGUCAUUCCGGUGUGCUCAUGCGCUUCCUUGUUACCUUGUUUCCUUCUCUUAAUAUCAAUGUGGCAGCUCAGGUCAUGAGAUAUUUUUGGGAUGUUUGCACAGUCCCUUCACAGCCCAACAAAGAGAGGUUUCACAGUGACCUUCAGCCAUGUACUUCUUCCUCUUACUGCUUGAUAGAAGGAAAAGCGAGAUCAGUAAAGGAAGUUAUCUUAAGAUACUGAGACAAAGGUUGUUUGUGGAGUUUCUCUCGAGACUUUAUUGAACUCUUCUUUGAAAUUCUAGCUGUUCUAGAGCAUUCCAACACUUUCUUGCUUGCUUUUGCAUCUGCGGGUUCUCACCAAGUGGCAUGGUAUACUUUUUCCAUGGUUUUCUGCAUGAACUUGGAGACUUUCACAGCCAAAAUGAUGGUCUCUGUUGAAAUGUUGUUUUUUUUUUUUCUCUCAGGUUAUAGUCAUGCCAUGUAAGCUAAUAUUAGUUGUAGUGAACUAAAUGCUGUUGGCAACCAAGUUUGAUGACCUUCUGACUGUUCAGUUCAAUUGGCCAUUUGAGGUGACAAAGUUAACCACCAAGUUAACCACUUUCUGUUAUCGCUUUUGGAGAAAAAUGAAGGUUUAAUGCUACUGGGCUGGAUUACCAAGGCCUUGGCUGGUAACACUGUUGUCAUUUCAGUUGUCAAUUCAGUAAUCAGUCAGCGGCUGAUAGAAGAAGAAUGCCUCGGCUGAUUGCUGGCUAGCUUUGCUCAUUUAUACCAGUAAACCAGCUUUGUACCCACUGCUAUUUGGUUAAAGUAUGCCCACAGAUUACAUCCCAAACCGAAGACAUUGUCUAUGUAAGAGUAAGCACUGUUGAUUUGUCUUUAAUUCUGUUACUGUGUAUUAAUCCAGGGUACUUCGAAUGAAACUCAGCAGGACUUGCUGAUUCUCUCUUCAUGUGCAGAUCUGUAUAACGUUGUGGACGGUGCGCCCAUAGCAGUCGUCGAUUGGUGUUGAUUGUGUGGGGCGUCUCUUUAAGAGACAGAGGAAGCUCUACAGCAGUGCUGGACUGGCUCUAGGAAGCAAAUCAGUUUUAUUACUCUUUUCUUACUCAGUGUGAUUGAUGAUCAUAUACUCUGUGAUAAGCAAGGAAAUUAUAAAACGUGGUGUGUGACUUUGAUCGAAUAAAAGUGCCAUGUUCACCUCUGUUGUACAGUCA